AUGUUUCUCUCUUUAUAUUUUGUAAAUACUGUUAUACCAUUAUCAACUACAGAAUUGCUCAUAAUUAAUAAAGGUUUAAAAUUUAUACCACCUUGCCAAAGUCGAUUCUUUUCCAGGGAACCUAUGAAAACAAUUAUUGAUCAAGAAUACAACCGGUUAUAUGAUGAAAAUUGUAAGAAUCUUAGUGAUUAUACAUUUUCAACAAAGGAUACACGUGCUAUUGAAUAUUUCACUGAAAUAAAAAAUUUACUUGAACAAUUAUAUACGAAACCAUUGCCAACAAAACUUAAACGUCAUGCAGAACAUAUCUACAAGAUGAUAAAGUCAAUGCAGCGAAAAUUACAAAAAGCUAAUAUUGCCGUUGGUCAAACUGAUAAAAGUAAAUUAUUUUUUUUUAUUGAUGCACAAGAAUAUGAAGAAAAAGUUAAGAAUUACAUGAAUAAAACGAAUGCAUAUCAAGAAAUCACGAGUGGUAUUUGCCCACUAGCUGAUAAUUUACAUUUGGUAAUAUUAUUACUUGAUCAUUUACUUGAACGGAAGGAUAUUACCAAUGAACAAUAUAAAAAAAUGUAUCCUAACUUAAAAAAAUUAGAAUUGGCUCACAUUUAUUUCAAUCUUAAAGUUCAUAAGCCUGAUAUAUCAGUUCGGCCUAUUGUUGCUUCCAUCAAUGCACCAGCAAGACAAAUAUCAAGCUUUUUAGAUCAACUGCUUACUCCAAUUUAUAAUUAUGUGACAAAAGAUAUAACAUUUAUUAACAGUAUCGAUUUGAUUCGAAAAUUAAAAGAAUAUGAACAAAAAGGUUAUCUCACUUCAACAACGUUACUUGUUAUAUUUGAUGUGACCGAUUUAUAUACAAUGAUACCACGAGAUGGUGCUAUUGCUGCUUUAAGACGAUUUUGUCAAAAAUAUUCAGCAAAUGGAAAAAUAGGAAAUCUCAAAGUGGAAACAAUUAUUAAAUUAGCAUGUGUUGUUUUAGAUACCAAUACAUUUGCAUAUAAAGAUAAGUAUUAUCGACAAAUUAAAGGUGGUGCUAUGGGUUCACCAUUUACUAUGGCUUUAGCCAAUAUUUAUAUGUUAGAAUGGGAACAAAAAUUACUACAACAUCAAAAUAGACAUCAUGAAAUCUAUGGCCGAUAUAUUGAUGAUGUAUUUAUGACUACGAAUUUAACAAAAGAAGAAAUUUUAGAACAACUUAAUGAAACAAUAAAAACAGAUCCAAACAUUAAAAUUACUAUCACAAUAAAUCAAGCAUUAGAAUAUCUUGAUGCCACUGUUGAAAAUAAUAAUGGACAGUUAAAAACAACUAUUUAUCAUAAAACAGCUUGGGAACCUCAUAUUCUACCUUAUGAAUCUGAUCAUCCACGACAUAUGCAUGCUAAUAUAAUUUAUACAAUGUUAGUUCGAGCUGCACUUAAUCGUUCCAUAUCAAAAUGUUCUACAGUUGAACAGAUA